AUGUUAACAUUGGCAUGGACAAUUAUUACACUCUUACUAUUCCCAUUGGACAUUUUAGCAGCAGGAUGUUGGCGAGACACCAUCUGCACAGGACCAACUGAAGCCGCAUUCCCCGGACCCUGGGACCAAUCAAUCUACGCACCCCGCAACCGCACCGUGCGCCCCCGCUCCGUCUUCACACUGCGCGACCGUCGUCCUGCCAGCUACCCGCGCACCGCCACUCUGCGCGGCAACGGCACGACCGUUGUAUUCGACUUCGGCUACGAAGUCGGCGGCAUUGCAACGCUUACAUAUACCAGCAACGGCACGGGCACCAUCGGCAUCGCCUUUUCCGAAGCACUGAACUGGGUUGGCUACUCAUCUGAUUCAUCAAACGGAAAAUUCUCAAGAGAAGGAGAUGGAGCGUUGUAUUUCAACGUUUCCGGCGGCGCGGGACCAGGGUCGUAUACGAUGCCGGAUGAGGUGCUAAGAGGCGGGUUUAAAUACAUGACUGUGUUCCUGCUUACGGAUACGGCGACGCAUGUUGUACUGACCGAUGCGCAGCUGGAAUUGAGUUUUCAGCCUACGUGGUCGAAUUUACGCGCGUACCAGGGGUAUUUUUACUGUGACGACUCGUGGCUUAAUGCUAUUUGGUAUGGUGGUGCGUAUACGCUGCAAACGAAUGCUGUGCCGCCGAAUACCGGGCGGUGGGUCCCUAUGCUCGACAAGGGGUGGGCGAAUAAUGGGACGUUGGGGUCUGGGUCGAGUAUCUUGGUUGACGGGGCGAAGAGGGAUCGGGCGGUUUGGCCGGGGGAUAUGGGGAUUGCGGUGCCGUCUGCGUUUGUGAGUACGGGGGAUAUGGAGAGUGUGCGGAAUGCGUUGCAGGUCAUGUUUGAUUAUCAGAAUGAAGAUGGGUCGUUGCCGGAAUCUGGGCCGCCUUUGUUGCAGCAGAAGAGCGAUACGUACCAUAUGUGGACGCUGAUCGGGACGUACAACUACAUGCUGUACACUGGCGACGCAGACUUUGUUCUGAAGAACUGGGCCAAGUACCUCAAGGCCAUUGACUACAUCUACGCCAAAGUAGACUCGUCGGGACUCCUCAAUCAAACCGGUAUUCGCGACUGGGGCCGCUGGAAUACCGGCUCCAACAACACAGCCGCAAACGUCCUUCUCUUUCACACCCUCCAAGCCAGCGCCCUCCUCGCAACCUGGCUCAACGACACCACCUCCCUAGCCUCCACAUGGCGCACCCGCGCCAUCUCCCUCCAAACCGCCCUCCUAACCCACUCCUUCGACCCCUCCUACGGCGCCUUCCGCGAUAAUGCCACAAGCACAUCUCUCCACCCCCAAGACGCCAACAGCCUCGCCCUCCUCUUCUCCCUCGUCCCACCAAACUCCUCAACCGCAUCUUCAAUCUCCACCGCCUUGACCCUCAACUGGACCCCGCUCGGCGCCCAACCCCCCGAACUCCCCGGUAACAUCUCCCCCUUCAUCUCCGGCUUCGAAAUCCAAGCGCACUUUAAAUCCCGCCGCGCAGACCGCGGCCUCGAUCUCAUACGCCGAAGUUGGGGCUGGUACGCUAAGCACCUCAACGGCACGUAUAGUAGUACCGUCAUCGAGGGGUACAGGACGGAUGGAACGUUUGGGUAUCGCGCGGAGAGGGGGUAUGAGAAUGAUGCGAGUUAUUGGGUGGCGGGAUUAAGGGUUACGGAGCCUAAGGGGAGGAGGUGGGAGGUUCAGCCCGGAUUUGGGGAUUUGAAGAGGGCGGAGGCGGGGUUUAAGACGGGGUUGGGGGUGUUUAGGGUUAAGUGGGAGAGGAGGGAGGGGGGGUAUGGGGUUGUGGUUGAGACGCCGGUGGGGACGAGGGGUGUGGUGAAAUUGCCGGUUGAGGGGGAGGGUGGCGAGGUGGUGGUUAAUGAGGUUGUUUUGGGGAGGGAGGAAUAUGUGGUUGAGGAUGGGCAGGCGGUGUUUGAGUUGGCGGGUGGGAAGUAUAGUAUUCGUGUUUCGAACUAG